AUGACUAUCCCUCACACACCUCGAUCAGUCCCUGUCUACAAGCUGCUUAUAGCACUCUUUACCCUCAUACCAGUAUCGAUAGCAUACAUUCCCUUGUAUGCAUCACCAUCAGGAGCAUGGUAUCUAUUCCCUCUAAUUAUCGCCCCGAUGUGGGCCAUGUUCGACGCGGAUUUCAAUUACCAAUGGUCAUUUACAUUCUGGAGAGUUACUAUUACCACAGCAUGGUUUGCAUGGGCUACCGGUGCCUUGGUCCAUCUAAUAGCUACUAGCAUUG